AUGCGGAGUUGUAUGCAACCAGACUAUCGUAAACAGCCAAGAUGGUUUAAUAAUCAACUUGUCAGUCUCAAGAAAUCAAAAUGUGAAAUUCGGUUAAAUUCAUUCCGUAUCACAAAUAAUCAGUAUGACCUUGAUAGAUAUCUCGAAGCUGAAUUAGCAUUUCAGCUAGAAUGCUCUACGCAAAAAGACCUCUAUCACAAAUCAGUAUUAGAUGAACUGUGUAACGAAAAAGACACGGUUAAAUUCUGGACGAAUAUAAAAUACUUCCUUAAUGCGUCUUGUGAACAUAAACCCGCCAUUGAUAAUGAUGAAUGGUGCACUCACUUUACUAAUUUAUUGAAUCCCACUACAGACCAAAAUGAUGCCCAUGUUUCUAAUGUGAUCAAUAGUGCAGAGUGUGAAACAGAUGUAACGUUUUGUGACGAGCUCAACCGUGAUAUUACACAACAGGAAAUAUCAUGCGCUAUACCCAAACUGAAAAGUGGUAUGAAAACUAAAAACGCCAUUGCUAGAGCAGAAUGUGGAAGACUAGAGCUCUUCUUCAAUUAUGUUAUUAAACCGGUUAAAUAUUUUCUUACAAUUCAAAGUACGAGCGACAACCGAUUGCCAAAAUUGUGUUACCAGAUGUUAUACGAACACGAUUUACAUGAGACCCCUGCCACCAAUGAUCAAAACGAUAGGGUCAUCCCAUCUGCGGCUGCAUAUCCUAAUCCUAACCAUAUUCCGGUUCAAGCCAUGAGACCUGAUCAACAGUUACGUCCAAAUAACCUAGCAGUGAAUACUGGUCCUUCCUCAACAUCUACACCUGUAUCUAGGAUAACCGAUUUCUUUAAUAAUGAGCGAAUUAAUGUACCUAACCAUGCUUCAAGAGCUUUUCCUCAGAGAGUCAGCAAUGAUUCUUUGUCCCAACAACCUACAGAAUAG